GUGAAAGAGGGAGAGAGGUGGUAGAGGUAUUGAAAAAAAAAAAGACUUCGCUUGUCUCAAACAAAUGAAGAGAGAGAGAGAGAAACGGAGGGAGAGCGGGAGAUUUUCAAUACUCUUGGUCGCAGACUUUUAGUCACUUACAGAACAGACAGGGGAGGGUAUCGCGUAAAUUCUGUGUCGCGCGCGAUUUCUUAUUGUGUUUCCAUUGUAUGUCCAAUUGUUCUUCUCAGCCGCGUCUGCUGCUGUGGUGAAUUGCGCUUUUUUUUUUUUUUUAGUAAUUAUAUUUCUAGUGCCGUUAUACAUAUAUAAAAAGAGAUUUGUGUUUUCUUGGUAAUCUAUUUCGCUUAUUACGGGCUAACUUUGCUAGUCCUUUUGGAAUGUAUUCUUUCUGAGACGUCGUUACAUUUUGUGUACUCAUUCUAAAAUGGCGGAUUACUUGUUGAAAUAAAUUGCAUUAAUGAUCUCAUCUUCAAAACUGAUUUAUCCAGGUCAUUUCCUUUAUUGACAAAAAAAAAGAGUUCAUAGUUUCUAUACUUUAUUAAUGAAGGCGGUAUUUGACAAGGAGGCAACUGUAAGUCCCUUUAAUCACAGAACAUUAGGAAGAAGAAAUAUAUUUGACAUGUGUACGAAGAAAAAGAAUUUGGUUCUACCCGCAAAAAAAUCUGGAUACUUCAAAGAAGAAGAAUAUUAACAAAAAAAUGACAGUAUGUCAAUGUAUACACACUUGUGUGACUUGAAUUCCGUAAGAUCAAUAUUAUCCCAUAAACAUGGUCUACAGUGGAUUGAAAUUUUCUAUACUUUUCAACGUGAUUUUCAUUGUCUGGUUCAGUCCGUUGGAUUCUAUGGUUUGCAAUCUUCUUUGCGGAUAUAAAGAAGCGCACGGCUCGGAGACUAAGGUGGAUAUGUCAAGGACGUACUCGGCCAGGCCUGGUCAGAAUGUGUGUCACGUGGUCGUCCUGAUUCCUUUCAAUAACGUCUCCGAGCUCAGCUGCCAGACUCUAAUCCCGACCCUUAAAAUCGCGGAAGAGAGCCUGAGCAGGCGGAGGAUCUCCGAGUCAUUCAGCCUGUGCUUCCAUCUGGCGGACACCAAGUGCGACGAGCAGGCCGGCCCCAUCGAAGCGUUCAACUACUACAGACUACGAACGGUCCAUGUCUUCCUGGGGCCGCUCUGCGACAUGAUCAUUGCUCCGAUCGCCCGGUAUUCCUCGUCCUGGGGGAUACCAGUUGUGUCUCCCGGAGGGCUGAGCCAUUCGUUUCACGACAAGGAGAAAAAUAAUUUUCAUAGCUUGAUCCGGCUGUCGGCAAACUACGACACAGCGGCCAAGUUUCUAAUGAUGGUGCUGGGCAGGUUUGGAUACAAGAGAAUGGCUCUGUUUUACACUAUGGAGAGCUAUGGAAUCCAAAAAAUGUACCUGCUGUCUAGCGCUAUAGCUGAAGAAAGCAAACGCCAAGUGAAUGUUACUCAGGACCAAAACCAGUACAUCCAUAUUCAGAACGUCUCGCAGUACCUAAUCAAAGUCAUGUGCGCUGGUGAGUACCUGUAUAUUUACUUCACACACACAUACAUACACACUCUCAAACACAUACACACAGAGUGCAUCCUCCAUUUUUCACAAUCUGGUGUCGACAGCUUUCUAAAGUUCACUUCUUCAAAUUGUGGUCGUUGGGCUUGUCAACCGCGUCCAUAGAAACAGAUGCCUUCAAAGAUGGCAAGGUCUUAAAAGGGUACUUUUACUUUUUACCUUCUCUCUAAGUCUACACACAAAAUAGCGGUACACAGAACAUGAUUAGGACUUUCUCUUCUGUAUCCUAGAUCAAACUACUAGACCGGGCCGGACUUUGGGUAAUUGGAGGCGAGAGAAUUUGGUGGCCCUAAAUUUAAAAAAUAAAAAAAAAAUAAAAAAAACAGCGAAAAAAUCAAAUUACGCUAUUUAUUAAAAACCUGACUUUAUUUUAUAUCUACAUUGAGAAAUAACAGAAAUUCAUCUAUCGCGAUUUCCGUACUAGAGACAUAGCUAGGCUAGUAAACAUAGAGUCAUAGUGUUAUACUAUGUUUAAGAUAUGAUCAAAGUUUCGCAAUUUUUUUCUCCAAAUUUUUUUUAGUCCUGUGCAAG